AAACGGGGCAUUCGACGACAGCCUGAGAGCUAAUCAUAGACCGUAGGCCAUGAGGCAUCAAUAACCUGAGCCCGAGUUCGAACAGUGCCUCUCAUAGCUAUGCUCAUCUUAUACAGAGUCAUCAGCAGACCGCUAAGAGGCCUUAUUGUUAUGUCCUCGAAGCGGAAAACACUAGGAUUGGCCAACCAUUACGACGCGUAGAAAACAGCCCCAACCUCCAUCUCCUCUCCUCCUCUGCUCUAUAGCUCGCUCUUGAUGUCUUACGCACUCCCGUCUCUAGUGAGGCCACAAUGCAUUGGACACGCUGGCAAUGUAUUUUGCUUGUGUUCGCGCUUCACCAGCUUUACUCUAGACCAGCCAGAGUUGCGCUGCGUUUGCGGCCAUGGCAUGCACGCCCAUGCCGACUUCAUGUCCCUCGUCGUCCACCACUGCCCGGCCAAUUCUUGUGUGGCAUACGUUCAAAAGACGCCCAAGACACAGGAGUGCAGCUGCGGGGCUCUCCUCGUCGAUCACGUCCCUGUGUUCAACAUCUAUCGGCCACCUACCGCGUCCUCUCACACUAUGAACGCGUCUGCGUCUUCCAACGAUGCGGACUUCACGCCGUUCGCUUCUCUUCCUCCUUCCUCGUCGGACACUGUUCAGGCAGAAACCGACGCGUUCAUCGCGUACGAUCUCGGGGGAUACGUGUUAGAUGAUGGCGCGCUGAACGCGACCUUGGAUUACCACCCGAAUGCCAUUCACGACGCGACACCUGAAUCCGGAGCUUGGGCGCGAUCUAGCUGACCAUAGUUCCCAACCGCGACCGCCUGUUGGGCUCUCCCCUUUCUCUCCUCUUUUAGAGGCC